AUGUCUGCACCAAACCAAGGCCGCCAAUCGCCUGAGCCAGGCCAGCAGAAGGACAGCCAGAUCCGCGCUCCAGCCACAGAUGUCAACCAUCAAGGCCAAGAACCAAAGGAAGGUGCGGCAGAUGCCUCGAAAGACCAGUUGAAGAACUUGGGUAGCAACCCAGGCGGUCCACUCGACAAGGCUGCUGAGGAGAAGACUUCGAAGACCCAAUAG